AUGGCUACCCCUAGCGCUCUCGCCUUUGAUGCUGAGGGUUGGGCUGUCGACUUUGAUGUCUGGGUCGAUGAUCUGCAGCUUUUCCUGCAGUGCGAUAGGAAAGACGGUCUCUCACUGUUCGAUCUCACGUCUGGCGUCUCUCCUGCCCCUACUACCGAUACUGACAGCAAUGUUCGCUCCCAGUGGGCCACACGCGAUGCAGCUGCCCGUCUUGCUGUGCGUAGUCACUUGCCGUCCUCUGAGCGCGCGCUCUUUAGUCAGUACAAGAGUGCUAAGACCUUGGACCACUUCCUCUCUGUUUGCCCCACCACACUCACCGUUGACCUCCUCGAGGAGCGCCUCCUAGCAGCUGAGAAGAGUGUUGUCGCUGUAGGAGCCUCUCAUGGUGACCCUCGUACCCCCUUCUUUGAAGGGUGCUCCCCCUCCCCCCUCUUGCCCUCUGUUGCCUCUGCUGCUGCCGUCGACUUCGUUGGCACCGACUCGGUCGGCGCUGCGUCUGCCCUUAGCGGGAGACGCCGCAGCGGCAAGGGCAAGGGGGGCAAGGGCACUGGAGGAGCUGGCGGGGGCGGUGGAGGUGGCGGUGGAGGCGGCGGCGGGGGUGGGGGUGGCGGUGGGAGUGGUGGCGGGGGUGGGAGCUUCGUUGGCGGCGGUGGAGGCGGAGGCGGAUGCGGCGGUGGCGGUGGGAGCGGAGGAGGCAGAGGAGGAGGCGGUGGCGGAGGUGGCAGCGGCGGCGGUGGAGCUGGUCGGGGUGGCUCUACAAAGCGGGGCGGCUUCGGUGGUGGUCAGCGCCAGCAGCAGCAGCGCACUCGUGAGACCCCGCCCCCCCAGCAGCUUCGUGAGUGGUACACUGCGCGUCAGUGGGGUGGGGGUGCUGGUCCCUGUGCCUACGUCAUGCGUACCGGCGACCGCACUGGUGAACCGUGCCGUGGCCCGCACACCACCCAACGCUGCUUCGGACGCCUGACAGACGUGUGGCGUCUCCAGUUCCCUGACGCCACUGAGAUCCCCCGCUGGAGAGAGCUGCUUAGGUCGGGGGUUGCUAUCUUUGAUCUGGAUUAUGAUGCUAUUCUUGCUGCCAUGUAUGCUGUGUCUACUAGUGAUGAGGGUGACUGUUACCUGUGUGUUCCGCGUGACACAGGCAUUGAGGCUGCUGGUGAGGCUGCUGCUCUAGGUGAUGGUGAGGCUGUUGUUCCAGGUGCUGGUGAGUCUGCUCUCUCAGGUACCACGUCGGCUCAGGCCUUACACACCUUCACCCUUGACUCAGGUGCUUCUCGCUCCUUCUUUCAAGACCGCACCACACUCACGCCGCUUAGUCGGCCGGUUGCGGUCUCCCUGGCGGACCCCUCUGGGGGUCCUUGUCAGUAG